ACCGAUAUGUGCGUUAGCGCAUGCCUUGUUGUUUGAAAAUUGACCAAUCGCGAGGAAAACAUGUCCACUCAAAACAGUUCCACCACCUUGUUGUCUAAUGCAGACGUUGAAAAAUUGGAGAACGAAAGAAAACUUAAGGCGGAGAGUAACAAUGAACCGUUGGAAAAAGCGAAGGAAAAACGGACCCCUGGCAUCAAUGCCUCCUUAGUUUUGCUCUACGCAGUUUUCUUCACGAUGUUUACGACGGGGAUUGUAAAUAUAAUGAACUGCCCAGUAUGCAUAUUUAUUCCACUCUACUUGAUAGCGGCAGGUGCUCUGGGUGCUUUAGCUAAGUUCUUAAGCAGGUCUACUAACAAAUAUUUAUUUAAUACCGCUGUGAUCUUGGUUGUAUUCGAUGUAAUUUUGCAUGGAGUAGCUACUUAUUUUGUUUAUAAGAACUACCAACCCGAGUAUAAUUCAGCUAGUGGAGAUAAAUACUGCAAUAGGACCACAUACUUGUUGGCCUUUUGGAUACUUACAUUUCAGUAUACGUUACUAGGAUUAUUUAUAUUAUUGUCUGGAUGCUACAUGUUAAUGAGAGGCGAUUUUAAGAAGAAGUCGUUUGUAUAAUACUGGAAGAACAGUCAAGAUGAAGAUUCCGUGAAUCGUUCAUUUAUUUUCUAAGGAUUUAUCAAUAUUUGCCAAUUACAUACGUUAAAAGACAAAGUUUGUUGUGUUCCAUUUAUUUUUCUAGCAUAGUUAAGACAAAUAAUAUUAAGUCCGUCUACAAAAAAAUAAAGAGUUGCAUCCUUGGAUACGCGAAUAUAUUAAAAAUUAUUUAAUUUUCUUGUAUAAAC